AUUGAGAGCCACUACAAGGCUCAUAUGAAACAUAUCCAGGAACGUAAACAAAGGCGCUUGCUGUUAGAGAAGAAGUUGGCAAGCUUAUGUGUGUCGGAAGAGGAGCAAAUGGAUCUUCUCAAAGACUUGGAGCUUAAAGAGACGGAAUAUAUGCGGCUCAAAAGACACAAGAUUUCAGUGGAUGAUUUUGAGCUAUUAUCUAUUAUAGGGAGAGGGGCAUUUGGAGAGGUUAGAUUGUGCCGAGAGAUAAAAUCAGGCAAUAUCUAUGCAAUGAAAAAGUUGAAGAAGUCUGAAAUGCUUAGCAGAGGACAGGUUGAACAUGUUCGAGCAGAAAGGAACUUGCUUGCAGAAGUUGCCAGCCACUUCAUUGUAAAACUAUAUUUUUCUUUUCAAGAUUCUGAAUACCUGUAUCUUGUAAUGGAGUAUCUGCCUGGUGGUGAUAUAAUGACAUUGCUGAUGAGGGAGGACACAUUAACUGAAACCAUUGCUAGAUUUUACAUUGCUGAAAGUGUUUUGGCCAUAGAGUCUAUCCACAAACAUAGUUAUAUCCACAGGGAUAUUAAGCCUGACAAUCUUAUUUUGGACAAAAAUGGCCACAUGAAACUAUCUGAUUUUGGCCUUUGCAAACCUCUUGACUGUUCCAACCUAUCUCCAAUAAAUGAAAAUGAACUUAUGGGUGAAGAGAAUGUGAAGGGGUCCCUUAAUUCCAAUGGAAGCUAUUGGAAUAGCUCUCAUGAACAAAUGCAGCAUUGGAAAGCGAAUAAAAGGAAAUUGGCAUUUUCAACCGUGGGCACACCAGAUUAUAUUGCUCCAGAAGUUUUACUAAAAAGAGGCUAUGGGGUGGAAUGUGAUUGGUGGUCUCUCGGUGCUAUUAUGUAUGAGAUGCUAAUAGGUUAUCCCCCAUUCUACUCCGAUGAUCCAAUUACUACUUGCAAAAAGAUUGUGCGUUGGAGUAAUCAUUUGAAAUUUCCGGAGGAAGCAAGGCUGAGUCCUGAAGCUAAGGACUUAAUCUGCAGGUUGCUUUGUGAUGCUGAAUAUCGGUUAGGUUCUCAGGGAGCAGAGCAAAUUAAGGCUCACCCCUGGUUCAAAGGUGUUGAGUGGGACAAACUUUAUGAAAUGGAUGCAGCAUUUAAGCCAGAGGUCAACGGUGAACUUGAUACUCAAAAUUUUAUUAAAUUUGAUGAGGUGGACCCCACACCUGCUAAAACUAGCUCUGGAAACAUGAGAAAGAUGCUUUUAACCCCUGAAAGUUUAAGUUUUGUCGGCUAUACAUAUAAGAAUUUUGAGGCCAUCAAAGGGCGGCGCGGCUUAUCCAAGGAAAGCAGGAGCAUUUCAUCCGACCGCUUGUCCACUGAUUCAACCAGCAGUGAGCCUGCAGUUAUAUUCUCCUCCAAGACUGAUGGUGCUGAAUCACUCACCCGCACCUCAUCCGUGGGUACUCUCUUACAGUGACAGAAAAUUCGGCAACAUAAACUGAUGGCCGGUCAUGUUGGAGAGCCCGGCAACAUGUACAGUGAAUCAACCAGUGGUUACCUG